AUGUUUGGUAUGGAGAGGGAAAUGGGAAUGGGGAGCCAGGUUCAUGGAGCUGAGGUUCGAACACUCCAUCAUCAAUUGCAAGCUUCUUCUUCCCAGUGGAAUAUCCCGAAGCUAAGUUUGGAAUUCUCGAUCAUGAAACGGCCUGCCCUUCAAUCACAUCCAUCGGGGCCAUCGACGCAGUCGGGUUCGAAAUCUAAGAAACCUCGGAAUGUUCCCAAGCCAGUCCAAUCACAAGCUACUCAAUCUCAUCCAAAGCCGGAUUCUAUUACCAUCGUGAUUGGCACCUACGAGCACAUUCUUUAUGGUCUCAAUCUGACGUUCCCUCCUUCCCCCGCCACUCCGACCUUCACCACCUUGUUCCAUUUCGUCGCCCAUCGCAGUCCGCUCAAUGUCCUCGCCGUACCAUCGUAUCCUGCCACACCAAUCUUAGCCAGUAGCGCCGCAGACUCACCGCUAACCCUAUGGUCUCUAUCGAAACGACGAUGUCUCGGGACGCUAUCGUGCGGGAUCCUUGCCACCGACGCUGGUGGGGCUGGUCGUGAACCUGGUGUCAAGGUAGCCCGCUUCGAUCGUUCCGGCAAGAUUCUAGUUGUGGGCGAUGAAACAGGUGGCAUGACAGUCUAUCGCACAAGUGAUUGGGCGUUGGUCCGAAAAUUCUCUGGAGGUGGAAAGGGUCGAGUCAACGAUCUGGCAAUCGAGCCCCAAAAAGGCCGGAUUAUGCUCAGCGUUGGUCAAGAUCGUUGCCUAAGAAUGUGGGAUCUCAGUGGGGGGAAAGAUAAAGGGAAACCGAUGGCAAGUGUCCGACUGGGCACGGAAUCUGAGCGUCUUGGUUGGAGUCCAAGUGGAAAGAAAAUGGUAGUGGUAACUGGGACAAUCGUCACAGUGUAUGACACAAUGAUGUCGCCAUUAUUCACAUUCACAUCUCCCCGAGGUCGAGUCCAUGAUGCCAAGUUUUUUAUUGAUCAACGAUCUGAAGAAUACUUAAUUUUGGGUUGUGAUGAUUCGGUUGGUCGGAUCUUUCAUCUGGGCCAUUCAACUGUCAACAGCGAUACCGAACCACAAUGCGUGGCCGAAUUGAUUGGCCACUCGAAUCGAGUCAAAUCCAUCGAGCUCGUCACUCUACCGAACGAAGGAGAUUCCACCUAUGCUGUAACGAUAUCCAGCGAUGGAUUCUGUCAUGUUUACCAAUUGCUGUCGGAGCAAUGGUCCGAUCCAGAAAAUCCAUAUGAACUCGAGCCGGUCGCAAAAUACGACACGGGAGGGUGUCGACUGACUUGCCUUUCAGCAGUUGCCGUUGCCAGUGGUCACGAUUCUCAAGACGAAAAGAAUACUCCAGAAGAACAGGAUGCGCAAGAAGACCAGAGUGCUCAAGAAUCAGGUGAUGAUGAAGAGGAUGAGUGGUCGGGGAUCGACUUGCAGGCGAACGGCGAAGAGUUAUCAUUGGAUAACUCCGACAGUUGUCCAUCAAGCGAUUCAGAACCAAAUUAGCCCGAACAGUAGUCUCAAUCACUCAUAGCCAUUGUCUUUUUGUUUAUUCAUACCAUCCUGUUCUGUUUGGAUCUUAAUUCGGAAUUUAAUUUGGAUACCACAUGUUGAUUUUCGCCUACACAAGCCACAGAGAACUCCUUUGCACCCUUGGCACUUUUUUCGUGCAAUAUGCAAUGUGAUCUUGAGCAUCCUAUCUUGAGUCUUGCGUAGAGAAGAU